GAUCGUGCUUUCGAUCAGAACCACCAGCCCAAAAGAAGAUCAUCAUGUUACCGUCGAGCCGCAUGCCCAAGUUCGUCGCGUUCCUGCUCGUCGUGGCAGCGUCGCUCGACGACGCCUCCGCCGUGGAUUCCAAGUACUCCUUGGAAACCAAGUACAUGAAAGUGCCGUUGGACCACUUCAAGUGGUACGCCGAAGAGAAAUCGUUCAACCUGCGGUACCUCGUGGACGCCAAGCACCACGUCCAGGGCGGGCCGAUAUUCGUCUUCACCGGCGACAAGGGCGACAUCAACAUCUACGCCCAGAACACCGGCUUUAUGUUCGAUAUCGCGCCCAUGUUCAAAGCGCUCCUGGUGUUCAUCGAGCACCGUUACUACGGACAAUCGUUGCCCUUCGGCAACGACACCUUCUCGAAUCCCCAAAACAUGAUUUAUCUAACGACAACACAAGCUUUGGCUGAUUUCGCUUUCGUCAUCGACCAAUUGAAGAGGGAGUUCUUCGAGAACGUCGUCCAAUACGAUACGUACCCGAUCGUCGCGUUCGGCAGCUCCUACGGCGGUAUGCUGGCCGCCUGGUUGCGAAUGAAGUACCCCUACACCGUACUGGGCGCCAUCUCGUCGUCGGCGCCGAUGUUCUACUUCCCGGGCCUCAGCAGCUGCGCCACCUUCUACGAGAAAGUCACCAAAGUGUUCGAACGGUACGGUCGCGACCAGUGCAUCAAGACCAUCAAGCUCGGCUGGGACGUCAUCAUCAAUUUGACUAAAAACAAAUUAGGUAUGGACUUCGUAUCGUCGAAUUGGAAGCUGUGCUCUAAGAUAUCGACGACCGACGACGUGGAGAAGCUGUUGGAAUGGUUGAGCGACAUCUACGUGAAUUUGGCACUAAGCAACUACCACUACCCGACCGAUUUCUACAGUCCUUUGCCGGCCUAUCCGGUGAAAGUGUUCUGCGACAAGCUAACCACCUCCUACUUCAACGACACCAAAGGACUGAUCGAACAUUUCGGCUACGCCAUCGAAAUGUAUACGAACUACACGGGCAGGACGGCCUGCAACGACAUCAACUCCAAAUACCACGACAUCACCGAGUUCGCCUUCGGCUACCAGAUGUGCACCGAGCUGAUAAUGCCCAAGUGCUCCACCGACGCGGACAUGUUCAUCACGGCGCCCUGGGACUUCGACAAGUUCGCCAAGAAGUGCUACAAGAAGUACGGCACCAGCUCGAGCCGGCCCGAUUGGGGCAUGCUCAUCUACGGCGGCAAGAACUUGAAGUAUUUCUCCAACAUCGUCUUCAGCAACGGCGAGAUGGACCCGUACUCCUGCUGCGGCGUUUCGGCCAACGUGACGUCGUCGGUGAUGGCGUUCGAUAUCAUCGAUGCUCCGCACCACGUCGAUCUCAGAAACGCUGACAUGUCGGACAACAAUUACAUCCAAUCGGCCAGGCAGUUCCACAUCCUGGCCCUCAGGAAAUGGUUGAAAUUGGAGUAGAAUCGCGCACUUUUCUCCCCGUCACCUCCAUUCAUCUUACAUUCGUAUAGGUAGCUUAUAAAUGGAUUUGAUUUGUAACUCGAGUUUGUACACUUUGUUUAAUCGAAACACAAGUAAAAAUCAACAAACUACCGAAAUGGAUUUGUUUCUUUUAUUUAAUCUUUCUCUUCAUCAUUAUCUUCUUUUUCUUCUACUUCUUCUUC